UAUGAUGAAUUUUGAAGAAACUCACUGGUAUAUCACGAAAAAUCCGUUUUUUUUCACUAAAUGUUCAUAUUACAUGCAGUGAAUCUAUUUCUAGGUGCCUAAUGCAUCCCAAAAACCAGAAAUUCAAAACAAUAAAUAAAAACAUACUCUAGUAUUAUCCAAUUCCGCCAUGGGAGUAGCAGAGUAACAGCAACAGCAAAAUCCAUCCUCCACCAUUCUACUCUCUAACAUUCUCUGCAUUUCUGCAACUCCAUAAAAUGCUACUCUCCUUUCUCUCUCCUCUUCACCUCUCUUCCACCACUCCCACCACCCGCCGCUUCACCUCCGCCGCCGUCCGCACCCAACCACCACCACCACCUCCACCACCGUCAGCACCGCCUAAUUCUCUCUCCUUAAACCCAAACAACCUCAAUUCUUCAUCUCCUCCUCCCUCUCUCUCUUGCGCUCUUCAGUGCCCCCAUUUUUACUCUUGUUCGGGUUGUACGCACGAGUAUGACCUCCACCAUCCGAGUAUUGUUGAUGAGGCUGCCGAGUUCUUCAAACGCUAUGGUGUUUCCGAUUUCACUUUCGACAGUUGUAGACUGUAUGGUUGGAGAUGUCGGGCAAAGCUUGCUGUACGUGGUUCAUCAGCUAACCCUAUGAUCGGCCUGUAUGAGGAGGGUACGCAUAAUGUUGUGGACAUUCCUGAAUGCAGAGCUCAUCAUCCCAACAUUAACGCAGCUGUUGAGUUGCUUCGAAAAGGUAUUGCGAAAUUGGAAGUAGAACCAUAUGAUGAAGACUUGGGGACCGGUGAAUUGCGAUAUGUGCAAAUGGUCGUAACAACACAUAGCACAUCCCUUCCGUUUUCUGAAAGAUAUAGAAAUGGUAAAGUGCAGGUGACAUUAGUUUGGAACUCAAGAAGUGAGACGACACAAAGCUCUGAGAAACUUAAUUCAUUGGCUAAUUUUCUACGGACUAAUGGUGGCCAAAGGAGCAAUGUUAACAUAAUUCAUUCCAUUUGGGCUAAUUUUCAGACUUCAAACAGCAAUAUAAUUUUUGGCAAUAGAUGGAGACAUCUUGUUGGUGAAAGAGAUUUUUGGGAGCAUGUUGGAGGAAUUGAUAUCUACUUGACUCCUUCUAGCUUUGGACAAGCAAAUACACGGGCCUUUGAUUCAUUGCUCCGCAAGUUACAUAAGUAUGUUCCUUAUGGUUCAGCAGUAACUGAUUUAUAUGGAGGAGCUGGUGUUAUUGGAUUAUCAUUAGCCGUUGCAAAAAAAUGCAGAAGUGUCAGGUGUGUUGAGAUUAACAAGGAGUCAAAGCACUGCUUUGAGAAGACAGUCAGCCGUUUACCAAAUGUUGAUAGCAACAUGAGCUGGCAUAAUGUAGAUGCUGCUCUGGAACCUCUUUCAUGGUUGGUGGGAUCUGAUGUAAUUGUGGUUGAUCCUCCCCGAAAAGGGCUGGAUGACUCACUGCUUAGUGCAUUACAGACUAUAUCAUCAGUAAAGCGCAAGGCAGUUGCUUCUUCCAGCUCUCCCUCAAAUUUGAAAGAGGAAAAAAGACCAUGGAUCUUGCGAGAAAGAGAAGCUUCUGUCAGUGUACAAGGCUCAAAUAGGCCAGAUGAAAGUGAUGUGCUUCCUCAAACACUUGUUUAUAUAAGCUGUGGAUGGGAUAGCUUCAAAAAGGACUGCAAACAGCUGUUAUCAAACAAGGCUUGGCUUUUGGAAAAAGCUCAUGGCUUUAACUUUUUUCCCGGAACACAAAGUAUUGAGGUUUUGGCCAUAUUUAAACGAGGUUCUGGGUCGAAUGAUAAAAAAAAGGCAUCCAAAAAAAUAGAAGCCUAAGAAAUCAUCACAAGGAUAAUCAUAAUACUGUAUAUCUGCAUUUGGCUUUAGUUGUUGCGUCAAGGUCUUGGACUUACCCAAGAGUGAGCCGAUGUUGGACCUUGAUAAUGAAGGCAAGGGAGAAACCGCUGAAUAAAAAAGAGACGAAGCAUUGACUAAUGCCUCUAUGUUUGAAUUCGGGCGUGUAUGUUUAGCAACAUAGAAGCAGAGUAAAGCCAGAAAGGGAGGAAACUGUACAAGAAAUGUUGAAUGUGAGCAACUAUUGCAGUGCUGCUUUUGUAGUAAAUGUGUUCCUUUAUAGAUAGAUAAUAUGUAAUAUGUGGGGAGCCUACACAAACUGUACUUAUGACUAUUCUUUAAAAUUUACAACCUUGUACAUAUUAUAUCGGAACAAAGAAUGCAAAAUUGAGAGCUGUGGAAAAAAUGCAAUGCAAAUCUGUUGAUUCGAGGAGACAAAUUCUGCA